CCAAACCCCUCAAUUAUUUCCCCUCAAACCCUAACAAUAAAAAGCCCCAUCCAAAAACUCAAUUUUCCUACUCACCCCCUCGAAAACCCUAGCCCCCAUCUCCCUCAUCGUCUUCUUCCAUCUCCUCCGAUGGAUCAGAAUCAGUUGCAGGCGAUCCUGGGCAGCGAUCUCGGCCCGUUCCAAGCUCUGAUCUCUCAGUUGAUGGCCACCGCCAACGACCAGCGAUCUCACGCCGAGUCAAUCUUCAACUUCGUUCGUGACCAACAUCCAGAUAACCUAGCCCUAAAACUCGCUCAUCUUCUUCAAUCGUCAACCCUCAUCGAGAUCCGUGCCAUGUCGGCGAUCCUACUCCGGAAGCAGUUGACCUCCUCGUCCUCCUCCGGAGACUCUCAGCCGGCGUAUCUCUGGCCGAGGCUCACCUCGCAGACGCAGCUUGAACUGAAAUCGAUGCUUUUAUCGUCGGUACAGCGCGAGGAGGUGAAGUCGAUAUCGAAGAAGCUCUGUGAUACUGUCUCGGAGCUUGCAUCGAAUCUGUUGCCGGAUAAUGCGUGGCCUGAGUUGCUGCCGUUCAUGUUUCAAGCGGUGACUUCGGAGAAUGCGAGGCUUCAGGAGAGCUCUUUGUUGAUAUUCUCGCAGCUGGCUCAGUAUAUUGGGGAUUUGCUGCUUCCACAUCUUCAAACUCUCCAUGAUGUGUUUCUGCAGUCGUUGACUCACUCGAGCUCGGCGGAUGUACGCAUUGCUUCGCUUGGGGCUUCGAUUAACUUCAUCCAGUGCUUGGCUUUGGCUUCAGAUAGGGAUAAGUUCCAGGAUCUGUUGCCGGCAAUGAUGAGGACAUUGACAGAGUCAUUGAAUUCGGGGCAGGAGGCAACUGCACAGGAGGCUUUAGAGCUGCUUAUUGAGCUUGCGGGCACUGAGCCAAGGUUUUUGAGGAGGCAGCUGCCUGAUGUUAUUGGGGCUAUGCUCCAGAUUGCAGAGGCCGAUGGGUUAGAGGAGGGGACAAGGCAUUUGGCCGUGGAGUUUGUGAUUACGCUGGCAGAGGCAAGGGAGAGAUGUAGGUUGUUUGGGGUGCUGAUGAAAAUGCUGCUGGAUAUUGAGGAUGAGCCAGCGUGGCAUUCUGCGGAGGCAGAGGAUGAGGAUGCAGGGGAGACGAGCAAUUACAGUGUCGGACAGGAGUGUUUGGAUAGAAUCUCAAUUGCUCUCGGAGGAAAUACAAUUGUUCCUGUUGCAUCGGAGUUGCUGCCGGCUUAUCUGGCAGCUCCCGAGUGGCAGAAACAUCAUGCUGCUUUGAUUACACUUGCACAGAUUGCAGAAGGUUGUUCAAAGGUCAUGAUUAAGAAUUUGGAGCAAGUGGUGAACAUGGUCUUGAACUCAUUUCAAGAUCCACAUCCAAGAGUGAGAUGGGCAGCGAUUAAUGCCAUUGGACAGCUUUCUACGGAUUUGGGUCCGGAUUUACAAGUGCAGUACCACCAGAGGGUGCUACCUGCUUUGGCAUCUGCGAUGGAUGAUUUCCAGAACCCUCGUGUGCAGGCACAUGCUGCUUCAGCUGUUCUGAAUUUCAGCGAGAACUGCACACCUGAUAUUCUGACACCAUACUUGGAUGGAAUUGUUAGCAAAUUGCUUGUUUUGCUACAGAAUGGGAAACAGAUGGUACAAGAGGGAGCUUUAACAGCUUUGGCAUCUGUUGCAGAUUCUUCUCAGGAACACUUCCAGAAAUACUACGAUGCUGUCAUGCCUUAUCUGAAGGCUAUUUUGAUGAAUGCAACUGACAAGUCCAAUCGUAUGCUACGUGCUAAAUCCAUGGAGUGUAUUAGUUUGGUGGGCAUGGCUGUGGGGAAGGAGAAGUUCAGGGAUGAUGCUAAACAGGUUAUGGAAGUGUUGAUGUCACUACAAGGAUCUCAAAUGGAGGCAGAUGAUCCAAUAACAAGUUACAUGCUACAAGCAUGGGCUAGACUUUGCAAGUGUCUAGGUCAAGAUUUUCUUCCCUACAUGAGUGUUGUUAUGCCUCCACUUCUUCAGUCUGCUCACCUUAAACCAGAUGUAACCAUAACCUCUGCAGAUUCUGAUGAUGACAUUGAUGAAUCAGACGAUGAAAGCAUUGAGACUAUCACUCUUGGAGACAAAAGGAUUGGUAUUAGAACUAGUGUAUUGGAAGAGAAAGCCACAGCAUGCAAUAUGCUUUGCUGUUAUGCUGAUGAACUCAAAGAGGGUUUCUACCCAUGGAUUGAUCAGGUUGCUCCAACUUUGGUGCCUCUGCUCAAAUUUUAUUUUCAUGAGGAGGUUAGGAAGGCUGCAGUUUCAGCUAUGCCGGAGCUAUUGCGUUCUGCUAAGUUAGCGGUAGAAAAGGGACAAGCUCAAGGUCGUGAUGGAUCAUAUGUGAAACAAUUAUCUGAUUAUAUAAUUCCAGGACUGGUUGAAGCUUUGCAUAAGGAGCCUGAGACAGAAAUUUGUGCAAGCAUGCUGGAUUCAUUGAAUGAAUGCAUACAGCUUUCUGGACCACUUCUUGAUGAAGCCCAGGUUAGAAGCAUUGUAGAUGAGAUCAAGCAUGUCAUAACUGCAAGUACAACCCGAAAAAGAGAAAGAUCAGAGAGGACCAAGGCGGAAGAUUUUGAUGCUGAGGAAGGGGAAUUACUUGAAGAAGAAAAUGAACAGGAGGAGGAACUAUUUGAUCAGGUUGGCGAUUGCUUGGGUACUUUGAUUAAAACCUUCAAAGCUUCUUUCCUACCAUUCUUCGAUGAGCUUUCAGUUUAUAUCACCCCUAUGUGGGGUUAAGAUAAAGCCAGAAGGAUUGCCAUUUGCAUUUUUGAUGAUGUUGCAGAGCAAUGUCGUGAAGCAGCUCUGAAAUAUUAUGAUACAUAUCUUCCUUUCCUCUUAGAAGCAUGUAAUGAUGCAAAUCCAGAUGUUCGACAGGCUGCUGUCUAUGGAAUUGGCGUAUGUGCUGAAUUUGGUGGUUCAGUGUUUCGACCCCUUGUUGGAGAGGCCUUAUCCAGGUUAAAUAACUUGUUAAGACGCCCUGAUGCACAAAAUGCAGAUAAUAUUAUGGCAUAUGACAAUGCUGUUUCAGCUUUAGGGAAGAUAUGCCUAUUCCAUCGUGAUGGUAUUGAUGCUUCUCAGAUUGUUCCAGCUUGGUUAAGCUGCCUGCCAAUAAAAAGUGAUCUGAUUGAGGCCAAAAUUGUACAUGAGCAGCUUUGUUCCAUGGUUGAAAGGUCGGACAGAGAGUUGUUGGGUCCCAACAAUCAGUUCCUUCCUAAAAUCGUUGCAGUAUUCGCUGAGGUUUUGUGUGCUGGCAAGGAUCUUGCCACGGAACAGACUGCCAGUAGGAUGAUUAAUCUGCUGAGGCAGCUUCAGCAGACAAUGCCACCUGCUGUGCUGGCGUCUACGAUAUCUUCUCUGCAGCCUCAACAGCAGCUUGCGCUUCAGUCAGUCAUGUCCUCGUAAAUACCUUUUUGAUCCGCUCUUUCAAAACUGCUGUUUGCUGUCUUGUCAGUUUGCUUGCCCGUUUUCAUUUAUUUUCUGUUGCCCAUUCUUUAUGCCUCAAUUUGUUCGAAGUUAAUGUUUGCAAUCGAGUAGAUGGCCUCAGUGGUUCUUAUAGUUUUGGGUGUAGAAUUUGUAUAGUAUUUUGGUCGGUCAAGUUUCAAAUAGUAUGUUGUAUUAUCUGCUACAUCCAAUGAGAAGAUCAAGGAAGGAGGGGGGGAGAAAAAAAAGAACAAAAUGAAGAACUGCCUUAUGUUGGCGUUUGAGAUUUUUUGUGCGAGUCGUAGUAUUAUGAGUGGAAGGAAUGCUUUCUUGUGGCAGUUUUGGUGAGAGCUUAGUAUCGAUGUUUGGCCCCUAUAUUUUAAAUUGGAACAAUUUAUUUACUUGGGGUCAGCUGCUGUAAAUUUUUUUAUUGUGGUUAUUCUUACCGUUGUGAAUUUUUCUAUCCAUGUCAAGUUGUUGAAUGCUUGUUGAAA